AUGGUUCGUUUCCGCGUUUUCGCCAAUUUUGAAAUCGACGGUGGAUGCGGCAGGGCACUUUUAACAAUUCUAAAUAUAUAUGGAUUAUUGACAACAUUAUUGAAAACAUUGCCAUCCAACCAAAAACAAUUUAUAAAGAAACAUUUGGAUGUAAAUGGAAUGUAUACAGCCGUAAACGCUUAUCGUGCACUUGAAUUACUUGAAGAUUAUUAUAAUCGUCUUGAUAAGCCAGAAGAUAAGCAAUUAAAAAAUGCUAUUGACAGAGUUAUCAAAGUAUUCAAAUGUCGACUAUUUCAAGCACUAAUUGAAAUUCAAGAAUUUUAUGAAUCAAUUUUACUUGAUGAUCAUCGGGAUUUACAUAGUAAAAUGGAUGCAACAUUACUUUUCGCAGAUGCAUGGGAAAAGAAAUUAAAAAUUGACGAGAACGAAAAUAACAAACAUGGAACUAAAACUCCUCCGUUGUUACCGCCAGCAGGACCCCGAGAAUCUAACGGGAAAAAAAUCAUAAAAGAUCCACAGCAACCAAUUCCAACACAAAUCGUCGCUGUAACACAUCCUCCUGAUAUAACACAAUUUAAUUAUGCAGAUCAUUGGAUAGAGGAAGAAAUUUACUUAGAAAGAUCGACUGGUGUCGGUCUUGGUUUUUCGAUUGCCGGUGGAAAUGACAUAUCUUGUAUCGCUGACUUACCGUAUGUUGUUGUUACUCGAAUUACGGACAAUGGAAUUGCUGCUAAAGAUGAUAGAUUGAGACUUCAUGAUAUUAUAUUACGUGUGAAUGAGAUUGAUUUUACAGAUAUACAUCACACAGAGGCUGUUGACGCAUUAAAACAUGCCGGCAACAAACAUAUUCGUCGUGUAGUUCCGCCUGACCAAGAAGAAAUUGAACUUCACAAACCACCAAAUACAACAUUAGGUUUUUCUAUAGCCGGUGGAAUUAGUCAUCCACAUGUGAAAGGUGAUCAUGGUAUAUUUAUAACAAAUAUAAUUCAUGGUGGUAUUACUGAUCAAAAUGGAAGAUUAAGAGACAGUGAAUAUGAUUUACAAUUUGUUGAACAUAAAAACGCUGUUGAGUCGAUUCGUCUUGCGUGUAGCGAAAGCGAUAUUAUCAAACUGCUUGUUGGACAUCCGUCGAGAGCUAUGAAUCCAAACGGUCAUUCGAUAUCGAUUAAUGGUCAAAUGCACCAUGAACAACGGAUAAAUGAAGACGAUCCUGAAGCUGAACGUCAAAUUGUACUACGUCGAGGACAAAAUGGAUUUGGAUUCAAUUUCGUUGCAGGAGAUGUAGAUGAAGGUAUAUUCGUUUCGUCGAUUCAUUCGGGUGGUUCAGCUGAUAAAAAUGGAAACUUAAAAAAAGGUGAUCGUAUUUUAUCGGUGAAUCAGAUUGAUUUAAGAAGUGCAUCGCAUGAACAGGCAUCUAAUGUAUUAAAGAAUUGUGGAAAUACAGCCAAUAUGGUUGUCGCAUAUAAAUUAGAUGGAAGCACGGGAAGCUUGAAAACAUCAACAAAGCGAGAUUUUUUUGUACGAGCUGAAUUUAAAUAUAAUCCAACUAAAGAUUCUGCUUUGCCUAAUGCAAAUAGUGGUCUUCCAUUUAACGCGGGCGAUAUAUUACAUGUAACAAAUGCAGCUGAUGAUCAGUGGUGGAGAGCGAAUCGAGUGCAAUAUGAUGGAAUUGAAGAAGAUUCAGGAAUAAUACCUUCAAAAAAACGAGUUGAAAAGAGAGAAAGAUCGAGGCAAAGAAAGGUAAUUUUUAAUCAAUCGAAAAGUAAAAAUAAUACACUUGAUCGUGAUAAAUCAAAGAAGAAGAAAAAGUUUGGUUUAUUUGGUAAAGGGGGCGAUAGAAAAGAAAACCAGAGUGGCGACGAUACAGAUAAUGAGCCUGAUAAUCCGGAAUCUGUAUCAUCUUAUGUACUCGUUGAACCACAGAGAUUAAACCAUAUUCGACCUGUGAUUAUACUCGGUCCAUUCAAAGACUUUCUGAGUGGGUUAUUAUUGAAUAAAUCAGACAAAUUUGCUAACUGUGUACCACAUACUACUCGUGCUCGUCGUGAAGUAGAAGUGGAAGGUCGCGAAUAUCAUUUUUUAGCAUCUAUUGAACAAAUGAAACAAGAUAUUCAGAAUGAUUUAUUUAUCGAAGCGGGAGAAUUAGAUGGAAAUUUAUAUGGAACAUCCAUACAAGCUGUCAGAGACGUUUCAAAAUCGGGUAAACAUUGUGUAUUACCUGUGACUGGUAAUGCAAUUAAACGUUUAACAGCAGCCGGUUUAUAUCCAAUAAUCAUUUUUAUUAAACCAAAAAAUAAAGAAUGGAUCUACAAUAAUAUGCGUCAAGAUGCUAAUGAAGAGAUUGCACAAGAAUUAUACGAAAAAUCAGUAAAAACUGAACAAACAUUUUCAGAUUUAUUUUCGGUUAGUGAUGGUCUCAACGAAGAACAACAGCAGAUCCAAAAGACGGCUGUUCAAUUUGCUCAAACAGAAAUGGCUCCAAAUAUGUACAUAUGGGAUAAAACGGAACAUUUUCCAAAAGAUGUUUUAAGACGAGCAGCUGCACUUGGUUUUGCAUCAAUUUAUUGUAAAGAUGAUUACGGUGGUACGGGUGGUACACGUUUAGAUGCAUCGAUUAUAUUUGAAGCAUUAUCACAAGGAUGUGUUGGUACAGCAGCCUAUUUAAGUAUUCAUAAUAUGUGUUCGUGGAUGAUAGAUGCAUUUGCAUCGGAUGAAAAUCGUUCAAAAUGGAUACCAAAAUUAGCCCCAAUGGAUUUGUUUGCUUCAUACUGUUUAACAGAACCUGGUUCUGGAUCUGAUGCCGCUUCGUUGUCAACAAAAGCGGAGAAAAAGGGUGACUUUUAUGUGUUAAAUGGAACAAAGGCAUUUAUUAGUGGUGGUGGUGAAAGUGAUAUUUAUUUGGUUAUGUGUCGCACCGGUGACUCGAGUCCAAAAGGAAUCUCCUGUAUCCUUGUUGAAAAGGGUAGCGAAGGUUUAUCAUAUGGAAAAAAAGAAGAAAAAAUUGGAUGGAAUUGUCAGCCAACAAGACAAGUUAUUUUCGAUGACUGUCGCGUUCCAGCGAAAAAUUUAAUUGGGAGAGAAGGACAAGGAUUCGAAAUAGCCAUGCGAGGACUCAAUGGAGGAAGAGUAAAUAUCGCAAGUUGUUCUUUGGGUGCUGCACAAGCCAGUAUAGAUCGUACAGGAGAAUAUUUCAAAGUUCGAAAACAAUUUGGAAAACGACUGGAAGAAUUUCAAUAUUUACAGUUUCAAUUAGCAGAAAUGCUUACAAAAUUAAUUUGUAGUCGUUUAAUCGUGAGAAAAGCUGCUAUGGCAUUGGAUGGACAUUCAAAAGAUUCGGUGACACUUUGUAGUAUGGCAAAAUUAUUCGCAACGGAACAGUGUUUGGAUAUAUGUAAUCAAGCAAUUCAAAUGCACGGUGGAUACGGCUAUAUUUUAUCGAAUCCUGUUCAACAGUAUAUGAGAGAUUGUAGGGUGCACACAAUAUUAGAAGGUACAAAUGAAGUAAUGAGAUUGAUAAUAGCUCGAGACGCAUUAAAAAGAUAUACGUGA